GAGCGUCUUCUUGGUGGUUUUGAAAUAAUAGCGAAAGCGAGUGAAAAAUAGGUUUUUAGAAGCUCCUCUGAUGAAUUGGACGGUUUAAUAUGUUUCUGGUAGUGGAAACAGUAAACGAUAAGGGUGAAAAGGAAUGGAAGGUAGCACCCAAACGAUGGGUGUGCACUACGAAGAACACCCGGCGAACAGUUCUGUUCUGGCCACAUGAAAUCAGUUCUGAGCGGCAAAAGCAGCUAGCUAGAGCUGGUUCUUCGAGGCCUAUGAAAAGUUGGAGCCGGAAGGAAUGUAUCAUAAAGCAAUAUUGUCUCUCUUUCGAUGCUGCAAACGCUGCAAUGAAAGUACUAUACUCCAAACGUUUGCCAAAGAAUACAUCCAUCUCACUACACAGCGAUCCAUUAAGUCAACAGAAUAUGAAUUCGACCGUAAAAAUAAACAACAUAGAAGAAAAUAGAAACGUGGAAGACGUUGUUGUUAAACUUGGACCAGCACCGGUCACUCAAGCCUUCCAGGAAGAUGAAGCAUUAAUGCUGGCACAAAUCAAAUCAAUGUUAGAAUCUUUAAUGACCAGGCAUAAUCGCAUCGAGGAACAAAACGCACGUAUCCAGAGGCAAAAUGCUGAAAUUAAGGAGCAAAAUGUUCGCAUUGAACAACAAAAGGCUGAACUAAUGAAAAAACUAUGUUCAAUGCAGAAAAGGUUUGCCAACCUCAAUUCUCAACAGUUUGAUUUGAUAGAUGAUACUAUGGAUAAGUCGAAUUUUACAUUCAAUCGUGUGGAAACCGUUGAGCAGAUGAUCGAUCUAGAGAAUAACCUGAAAGAUGAUAAUUUCCGAUCUGAACUGGUAUCAUGGUUGUCGUUCUAUGUAACAGGAAUGGAUCCUGCCAAAAGGAUGGGACACUGCCUGGACUUUUUGUUUUCACUGGAGAUGCAAGCAAAAUGCCUUUGGUCCGGUAUAAGUCAAGAUGGAAAAGAAGCAAUCGCCAUAAGAAACAGGCAGAAUAUACUGGAACUAUUCAAAACGAUUGGAACAACGCCUUGGGGAAUGGUGAACAAACAGGAUCUUGCCUUGUUUUUCCGGAAUAAACUGAAACGUGCCAGGCAACGUUUAUCGACACCUAGUAAACGCAUGGAAGGCAAUCAAACAAUCAAUGAGUUAGAUGAUUCGGAACAAUUGUUUGAAAACCAAACGAUAAACAAUGUCGAUUCAUCAAAUACUGACUCACACAUCUAUACGGACUCAAUGGAGGGCGAAUCGGACACAUUAUUUGAAGUAGAAAUUUUACAUUAACACAGCCAGAUAUAUUCGUUUCAUGAUGCAUGUAAUAAGCAGUGUGGAUUGGAGCCACGAAGGUUAAAUAAAUUUGUUAGAUUCGUUACAUACAAAGAAAAAAGCCUUUGGUAGCGUACACAAAGACACUCCUAUUUGUACUAUUUUGAGUGCUAGGGCCCCUACCUUAAACAUACUAGAGUAAGGUGGGGCAAAAGUUCGGGAUUAGUGGAUUUUUAUUUUAAUAAAAUAAAUGAAAUAAA